AGCCUGAAAGUUAUAUACAGAAAUUUCAUGGACAUGUUGUUGAAAGAGAAAGAAGAAGAUCGACAAGACCUUUCAACUCAACAUAAAAAUCAUGAAUGCUCUAUUUCAUUCAAUUUUGUGCAUGGGAAAGUCUAUUUUCUUCGUAGGGAUAGAGAAGUGUGAACAGGGAAAAAAGAUUCUCCCAUUCAAAUAUAGCAUUUAUUUUUCUCCCCUUGCAUGGCGUUGAAACUGGUCCUAAACUGAUAACGAAGCCAUUCCAAUUAUUGGUCUCAAACUCAAAGGCUUUUAUUUAAUCAAAAUUUUUUUUCUUCCCCUUUCAUAUUGUUUUUUAGCAAGUACUUUUUUGGAGUCUUUUGCUUUACCGUGUUGAGAAGGGGGUCGUGCUUAGAAAUGUCCAUUUUACCGUCAAAAUUAUCAUUCCGAAUCUGGAUUUGAGUCUUGGUCUGCCUUGUUCUACAUGUUGUCCAACAAUGUAUAAUCAUAACUUUCAGCUUCAUCAACUUACAAAAGACAUUUACGAACCAAAAAAAAAAAAAAAAAAAGAGUUAGAUAAGGUUAGAGUGGUUGUAAAGUGCUGAAUAAUUGUGGAUCGCAAUUACUAUGGUUAUAUAAUUGGAUUAUGGAAGAAAUUUAUUGUUAUCAUUAAAGACGUUGGCAAAGCUAAUUUCAAAAAUUGAAGAUAAGUUAAUGCUGACCUUACAAUUUUUUUUCCCCUCUAUUUUAUUGAAUUGUGAAUACUAAUUAUAAUCUCUCUCUCUCUCUCUCUCUCUCUCUCUCUCUCUCUCACACACACACACACACACACACACACACACACACACACACACACACACACACACACAUGUUUAUAUGUUAACCAAGCCUUGACAGCAUGAGAGCUUUAUAAUCCAGCCUUUUAUUAUUUGGGCACCUGCAUUUUUAGAGACAGGCCAACUAAAUCUAAAGCCACAAUUUAAACAAAAAAAAAAAAACUUUUUGCACUACAAAAUAAACUUUAUACAGACCCCUUAUUCAAAGGGUAAUUUACAGAGAGCAUUUAAAAGUUUCACAGCUUAUAAAGGCACUAGCCCAAAACAAGAGAGUGAGCCCUUUUGAUCAUUAAGAGGAGGGGAAUUUGGCCCAAUACCCCCAUAGGACCGAGCUUCAUGAAUUUUGCCCCCUCAAUUCAUUUCUUUUUUGAUCUACCCCUCCAAUCUUUUAAAAUCCCAAAAUACCCUUAUAUGUUUUUUUUUUUUAUAUGUUUUUUUCUUUCCUUUCUUCGACUUUUCCCCUCCAUCUCUUUAUCCAUAACCAGACCUUAGGAGCCCUCUGUUUCCUUUCAUGAAUCGGCCGGAUUGUAAGCAUGGAGACUGUGCGUUUUGAAGGAGAUGGUGAAGAGGCGACUCAGAGAGAAAACUGCAGGAUUUUAGAGAGCCCUAGGAGCAGAAGCAGAAGCAACAGGCAUUUCUUGCUGAGAGAUAUGUAUGAUGAUAUGAUGCUGGAUGGAGUACAGCCAAGUAGGGAUACAUUCCAUUCUGUCAUCAGUUAGUGGAAAGGUGGAUAAGCAAAAUGCUCAUUUCUUUGGUGUUACGAUCAAUGAGCAACAAGCCGAGUGUGGUAUUGUAGAAAGAGUUACUUCAAAUGCACAAAGCAAAUAUAAGUUACUUUAUUUCGAGCAAGAUGUGAAUGGCGGUUAUGGUUUGGCCCUACAGUGUUGGGCAUCCAAGAGCAUGCUGUAAAGCAACCUACAAAGACCCGCACAUCUAGAUCAAAGAGACGAAGCAAGAGAAAGCAUGACACAAGAACGGUGGACACACAGGUUGCUUCAAAGCAUUCUGAACAAAUUUGAAAAUCUUAGCACGAAGACGGCUAGAGAUGCAUGCUGCUGUGUGAAUUUUAGGCAUCAUUCUUCAGCAUCAUAAAAAAAUUUGAAUUGCAAAGGCUUAUUAGCACAGAGGCAGAUGGCCUAACCUGGUAUAUGUGAAAAGAAUCCUUCAUGCUGGGCCAGUUGAUAACAGGCAUUGGAGUUUGAAUUUUCACUUAAUUUUUCACAAAUUUUUUCUUUCUUUUAUAUAUUUUUGUUUGGGAUAUCAGGAUUCUGGUUCAGCAUGAGGUAUGCCAGCAAAGUCUUGCCGUGUCUGCUACCUUGUAGGACUUUGUAUCCAAUAUGUUUCGAAUCUUAUACAUAAUCUUGGAACAUAGGAAUUAUAGAGUUGUGUUCAGCUGGAUUUUUGUAGAAAAAAAGAUACCAAAAUGUAAUAAACAAAAAAGAAAAAAAAAAAAAA